CGGAAACGAAGAAGAAGAAGAAGAUGCUAAGCGCUAGUUAGCAUCCCGGGUGUAAACAAACGCAUAAAGCCGCUCGCAGCAGCUGUGUUCUACACAGAACCAGCCACAGAAAUCAGCUGAUCUUCAUCUGUUUGGGUCAGAACCAACAGAACCGAACAUGUCAGCCGACACAAAGAUCGCAGAGCUGCUCACCGAGCUGCACCAGCUCAUCAAACAGACACAGGAGGAGCGGUCCCGCAGCGAGCACAACCUGCUCAACAUCCAGAAAACACACGAGAGGAUGCAGACGGAGAACAAGACCUCUCCGUAUUACCGCUCCAAGCUGAGGGGGCUGUACACCACGGCGAAGGCUGACGCCGAGGCAGAGUGCAGCAUCCUCAGGCACUCGCUGGAUAAAAUCGCAGAAAUCAAGUCUCUGCUGGAGGAGCGGCGGAUCGCUGCUAAGAUGGCGGGAGUGAACAGCAACGGUGAUCCUCCCAGGAAGACCAUGAGACGCGGCGUCCUGAUGACGCUCCUCCAGCAGUCGGCCAUGACGCUCCCGCUGUGGAUCGGCAAACCUGGAGAGAGCCCCCCUCCUCUGUGCGGGGCCACCCCGGCCAGCAGCGACUACGUGGCCAAGCAGGGGGACAAGGUGGCGGCGCGGGUGAAGGCGGUGGACGGAGACGAGCAGUGGAUCCUGGCCGAGGUGGUCAGCUACAGCCACUCCACCAACAAGUACGAGGUGGACGACAUCGAUGAAGAGGGCAAAGAGAGACACACUCUGAGCAGGCGCAGGAUCAUCCCUCUGCCUCAGUGGAAAGCUAACCCAGAGACGGACCCAGAGGCCCUGUUCAGUAAGGACCAGCUGGUUCUGGCCCUGUACCCACAGACCACCUGCUUCUACCGGGCCCUGAUCCACACACCUCCACACCGGACAGGACUGAGUUAGAUCAUCACAUGAGACAGGACUGAGUUAGAUCAUCAUGAGACAGGACUGAGUUAGAUCAUCACCUGAGACAGGACUGAGUUAGAUCAUCAUGAGACAGGACUGAGUUAGAUCAUCAUGAGACAGGACUGAGUUAGAUCAUCAUGAGACAGGACUGAGUUAGAUCAUCAUGAGACAGGACUGAGUUAGAUCAUCACAUGAGACAGGACUGAGUUAGAUCAUCAUGAGACAGGACUGAGUUAGAUCAUCAUGAGACAGGACUGAGUUAGAUCAUCA